AUGAUGUGUGAUGAAGAAGAGAAGGAACGAAAUAGUCGUUCAGAUUUUGUUAUCAGUAAUAGAGGUCGCAAUUAUCAUCAGAGACGAAAUUUUGGCGAUGGUAAUUAUCAAAGACGAAAUUUUGGUGAUUUUAGUGGACAGGAUGAUGGUGGAGAUCAACGAGAAAGGCGACGACAUGUUGGUUUGGAAGAAGAUGACAUUUUAUAUAAGCGUAAACGACAUGGAUCAGAUACGGUGGAAGAUGAAAUUAUGCAUAAAUUAACAGAAUUGUUGACACAUGUUGGUGAGAAGAGCAGUUCAUCCUUAGAAUCAAAUUUAGAAAGUCUAGCGCAAGUUCUGGAAACAGAUUUGGACACAUACAAAGAACAUAUUAUUGAUAUUCUUGUGAAAUGUGUAUACAGUAUGCCAAAUAAACUAACAAUUUAUUCCACUUUGGUUGGAUUGUUGAAUGCUAAGAAAUACAAUUUCGGUGCGGAGCUUUUGGACAAACUUCUUUCAAGAUUGAACGAAUUGAUGAAAACAAAUGAUUUUGAUCACGCUUUAUAUGUUGUGAUAUUUUUCUCUGAUUUGGUCAACUGUAGGGUAAUCACAGUAGAUUCAUUUGUUGAUUUCCUUGGAGAUCUUAUAAACAGUGCUUCCCAAACAGGUAUACCGCAGGUAAGGCGUGAUUGGUUUGUCUAUGUAUUUUUACAUUGUCUUCCUUGGGUUGGCCAAGAGCUUGCCGAAAAGAAUGAAGAACAAUUAAGUGCUAUGUUGGAUAUUGUUGAAAGUUAUCUGCAGUCUCGAAAUAAGGAGCAUGUAAAGAUUCUACAAGUUUGGAUGAAAUCAAUUCAUGAACAAGAAGAAUAUUUGGAUUGUUUAUGGGCACAAAUUAUGAAAUUACGAUCUGAUAAAUGGAAGGAAAAGUUUAUCACUCGUCAUUAUGUUGCUUUUGAUGGAACGUUAGCGGAUGCGCUGCAGCAUAGUUUACCAAGUUUUGAGCCACCACCACAUACAACAAGUAGUAUCUAUCCUCUUCCUAGUGUGGUAUUCCGUUUUUUUGAUUAUGCUGAUUGUCCAGAUGAUGGACCGGUUCUUCCUGGUGCACAUUCCAUAGAACGAUUCCUAGUUGAAGAGGAAUUGCGGUGGAUUUUGGAUCAAGAAAAGACAAAUAGGAAGAAAUGUGCUUCAAGAUUGUUGGAAUACGAUAAACGUACACUGGUACCAAUAAACUAUGUUAUAUUAGAAGUGAUUUUUUCCCAAUUGUUUCAUUUGCCCGAAGCACCAACUCGAUUAAUAUUUUAUGGAAGUUUAUUGAUUGAAUUGUGCAAAACUAAAAGUAUGCCUCAGGUAAUAGCACAGGCUGCUGAAAUAUUUUACCAAAGAAUAGAUUCGAUGCAAGUUGCUUGUAUUGAUAGAUUAAUUGACUGGUUCAGCUAUCACAUGUCAAAUUUUGAGUACCGAUGGUCUUGGUCGGAUUGGAGUGACUGUAUUGAAUUAGAUCGUCUUGCUCCGAAGCAUAUGUUCGUACGAGAGGUACUGGAUAAGUGUAUGCGAUUAUCAUAUCAUCAAAGAUUAACAGAAUUUUUACCUGCUGCAUUUGAAAAAAUGAUACCGCAGAAGCCUAUCAUAUCUUAUGAUCUCAAUGAUGAUGAACAUCCAGACCGUGACUUUGCUAUUGUUCUUGAAAAAGCUUUCCGCGAGAAAAUAUCAGCUGAUGGGAUGAUUGAUUUAUUGCGUAACCAAAGUGAAAAUCAAAUGGAUAUCAAUUUUAGAUUAUCCAUUUUUUUCAAAGUAUUGCUUUAUUUGGCUCGAAAAACUUUCAGUCACAAUUUUGUUGCAUUAACAAGAUAUUAUUCAACUCUGAAGGAAUUCAUUGGUGGUAGGGAGGAUGUGCAAUUAACAAUUUUACGGACACUUUAUGAAACCUGGAAACUUCAUGGACAGAUGAUUAUAGUACUGGUGACAAAAUUAUUGAAAAUGUCGUUGGUUGACGCCAGUGCUGUUGUGGCUUGGUUAUUUAGUGAUGAAAUGAAGCCUGAGUUUGAAAGAUUAUGGAUUUGGGAAAUACUAAACAUAGCCCUUGAACAUGUGAGUGGACAUGUUCGUCGAAAUAGGCAAGCAAUCGAGAAGGCAAAGCUGAAAAAAGAGGAAAAAGAGUUGAAUGAUGAAAAGGAUGAUUUUGAUAUGGAAACAAAUGAACAUGACGACAUGGCUGAUCCUAAUGCAAUGGAAUCAUUUGUUAAAGAAAGUGAAUUUGCUGAUUUACAUGAGUGCUUGAAAAACUUGCUUCUUGACGUGCUCCAUAAGUUUACCGUUACCUUGACGGAACACAUCGUUAAUAGCGAAAGCAAUGGGAAUGAUUUCCAGAAUAAUUGGUACUUAUUUGUCACUGGACGUUUCAAGAAUGUAUUUCUAAAGUAUUGGAGAGAUUUAUUUGAAUUUCGGGAAGCACUAGAGAAAGAGCUUUUUAAGGAAUUUGCUAUUGAUAGCAAUGUGAUGGAAAAUUAUAAUCAGUUUAAAGCACUUAUGACGUAA